AUGGCUUUGACGAAUGCACUCUUUAAAGUUUUCGAACCGUACAAGGACAUUAUAAAAAGUUCUGAAAUCCCGGUGAAGACAAGUAUUAUAACACUGGUUCUGUAUGGUUUCAAAGCAUUCCUACAAGAGAUCGUUUUCAACUGUCCGCGCGAUUUCCACAUCCUGUAUGGCUCCCUGUUCAUUUGCGGUCCAGCAGUGAUUUUGUUUUGCCUUUCGAUGCUGAUUUCCGAGUCAUUCUGGACUCUCGUCACAGGAUGUUGUCGCCUACAAUCGCGAAAGCGAAGGCUGGUUUGGUGGAAAUCCAGUAAAAGCAUCUAUCUAUCGCUCCUUCCUCCCUUCAUGUGGUUGGUCUUCGCUUUCAUGGAAGGCGACUUUUACACGUGCUUAACUCUUGGGCCGUUUAAAGUUGCCAAGGAAAGAAUAACCGAUCCAAUAGCUUUAUCAGCGCUCCAGGAUAAAUUCGCUUCGGCAAAGAGCGUGUCUGCGAUUAUUUCAUGGGCGAUGUUGAUUUCGUUGACACUAAUAGUCACAAUAGCUGUCACGCUUAGUCGACUUUUUGCGCAAGUAGAUCCCAAACUACAAGGAGAGAUCGAAUUCGACGAGAUCGAAGCUCAGGAGGCUGUAGAAUUAUGGAACGCCAAGUUAAAGAAACUGGCGAAAGCGCAGGCUCAUAAGGUCAUUCAAGAAGUAGAGAAAUUGGCCGAAGAUUCGAACGUAGCGGAGCAGAUCCGACGUGGCGAGUCGUAUCUCAAACAGUUGUAUCCGAGAUACGGUGGGGUUGUAAGCGGGCAUUAUCGCGAUAAUAACUGGAGACCGAGAGAAGUGGAGAUUGUUAGUGAACAAGAAGACUUUCAUGAUCACGAUACAGCAUCUGCAGAUCAUCUGUUGAUCAAUGCUACCAAGGUAAGAAGCUAUGGGGCACGUCACACAACAAGCAUUUAA